AUGUCCGCGACGUCGUCGACGCGCGCGGACGCGCUGCGCGAGCGCAGGACGUUCACGGCGGACGAUUGCGCGGCGUUCGCGCGGUUGACGGGCGAUGAGAAUCCGAUUCACUUCGACGACGGCGCGGUGGGUGACGGCGAGAAUCGAUUGCGAGGACGCGCGGUGCACGGAAUGCUGGCGGCGAGCGCGUUCGGGGCGCUGCUGGCGCGCGCGAGGCCGGGGACGGUGUACGCGAGCCAAGAGUUGAAAUUCAGGGAACCGGUGCGCGUGGACGAGGAGCUGGAGAUUGAGUUGAAAUUGGUGAAACGAUCGGGAACGAGGGCGCGGUACGAGACGGUGGUGCGGAAAGUGAAGUGUGGGACGGUGUGCGUCGAUGGGCACGCGCUGGCGCUGUUGCCGGAGGAGUAG